AAUAGCCAAUGUUGACAACUGCUAACAACAAACCAGGAGUGGAUUUUGUCCAUGCUGUUGCAGACGUGUCCAUGGCAGAUAUCCUCUCCACCAUCGACGUUCACCCCAUCCUUCAAUCAUUCUUUCUGCUAGACAGAAGAGCUAUCAACACCUUGCCUUUGCUGGCCGUGCAGGUGACUGAGUUAGUGGAUGGUAUCUUCAUCGCAUGCUCCUUCAACCACGUCGUCGGUGAUGGCAGUUCUUACUGGCAUUUCUUCAAUGCUUGGGCCGAGAUAUGCAGGAUUAUGGUCAAGGGAAACCAUGAUUAUGAUAACAUCUCCCGCCCACCAGUCCUCAAACGCUGGUUUCUCGAUGGCCAUGGUCCAAUCAACUUACCUUUCUCCCACAACGAUGAGUUCAUUGAUAGACACCUUCCAACCGUGGUCCUCAGAGACAGGUUCUUCUAUUUCUCACCACAAUCCAUUGCGAAACUCAAAGCUAUGGCUAAAGCUGAGUGUAACACCACCACUAAAUCCUCCUUCCCAGCCUUGUCUGCACAUGUCUGGCGAUGCAUAGCACGGGUACGCCGUCAUCUACCCAGCCACCAGAAAACAAGUUGCAGGUUAGCCAUCAAUAAUAGAUCAAGACUGAACCCACCAUUAUCUCCGGACUACUUUGGAAACUGCGUUCAGACUGUGAACGCAACGGUCACUGUUGAAGAACUUCUCAGGCAUGGAAUUGGGUGGGCGGCAUGGCUAUUUCACGAGGUUUUGAAUGGCCACAAUGAAAGUAAAGUGAAAGGGUGGGUGGAGGGGUGGAUGAAGAGUCCUUUCAUUUACCAGCCUAGCAAUUUCUUCGAUCCUUGUAGAGUCAUGAUGGGGAGCUCACCCAGAUUCGAUAUGUAUGGGUGCGACUUUGGGUGGGGAAAGGCAGAGGCUGUUCGAAGUGGGUCUGCAAACAAGUUCGAUGGGAAAGUGUCUUCAUACCCAAGGCGCCAAGGGGGAGGAAGUGUGGUCGAGGAGGUAAGCCUUCCGCCUAAGUGUAUGAAUGCCCUCGAGUCCAACCCAGAGUUUAUGGAUGGAUGCGGUGUUGCUUAA